AUGGAUUCAGAGAGCUGUAUCGGCGAUGAAGCAAGCAAACAGCUUCACGGCGAGCUCCGAAAAAUCUCAGAUACUCCUUGCGCCGGCAUCACAGAUCGGCCGACACGGCAGACCGUCCUGCUCGAAAUCUCCCCUGCAUACGUGAAAGACUGGAAAUCGACCGAUGCCUUCCGCGAGCUAUAUCAAAACUGGAAAGAUGCCAUUCUGGAAACAUUCCAGCUCGACCGACGAGACUUCAAGCUAUCUUUUCAAGACGACCACGACCACUUCGCCAUCAUAGGUUCCUCGGCCCCGAAAGGUCACGCGGAGCCCCACGCUCGGGGGUUCAUCAAGUACGAGAAAAAGACCGGUCAAGUCAUGCUCGUUAAUGCAUGCGCCCGGCUGCCCAUCGAGUGUCUCGUCAUGGGACACACGACCAGAGACAGGGACAACCGACUGUGUGGUUCGCACGGAGAUGGUCUCAAACUCGCUGCGUUAGCCAUGAAUCGACAGCAGUUCCAAAUGAGCAUCGCCGCAAGUCACUGCCAUUGGAAAUUUGGGCUGCAUGGGCCGCAGCAGUCUCUUCGCUGUGUCAUCACGGCAGCACGUAAGAUAUCUCGUACCGACUGGCCAGCAGCCGCAGAUGACAUGGCUAACCUGCGCUUCCGUAUAGAACGCGAUGUCGCCGUGGUGAUUGGCGCUGGCCGGAGCAAUCAAAGCCGACCGGUGUCACCCAAGACCUUCCUGCGAUGGUUACGAGUCACUCUCGACAUUCACGGACUCGUCUCGCCCACCUCGGUGGUACAGACCCCUCAGGGAGAUUUGCUGCUCGAUCCCAAGCACUCUGGUCAGCUGUUCCUGCAUAGGGUCCGGCUCGCCAUGCAUCCCGUGGGCGGCAAGGUUUUCAUGUAUGGCUACAACUUCGCGUGUGGGAAGUUUAGCCGAGACCGAGAAGGACUGAUCAGUCAGGUCGACCUGGCAGACCUCGUGCGGCAGAUAUGGGAGUAUGCGUUAUCUUUGCGUGAGAAAGACUUGUUCCCAAGCUAUGUCAACCUCCUCCGAAACCAUCCGCACCUCGGCGAUGUGGACCAAGCGGAAAGACUUUUGGAGCCAUCGACCAAGACCCGCAUAUGGGAGCAUUUGUUGCGUGCCUCAAGAAAGAAGCUUUCCUUUCACAGUGUGGAUAUCAGUUUGCAGACUGUGAACGCGAUCCGAGCAUGCACCGGCAAAAAGCCGACCCCACUUCCGGAGACUUUCUGGCAGCUCCUUCGCUCGGUGACACCCGUCCGAACGAUCGAGGAGGAGCAACAGCAACGUUGCAAAGAUGCGGUGAUCCCGGCCUUACCCGAUACGGCCUUUGCGAAGACAAUCAACUGGGCGUUUAGGGCCUGCUUGACAGUCUUGAACGUCCCCCGCGGAAUGCAAGUCCUCUACGUCGAAGACAUGGCCGGAAAACUCGAUGUAUUUUACCACGCUGCAGACCAGACCCUGAGAGUCCCUCAUCAAUGGUGGAAAUUGGACAGGGUGGACCACGGGGCCUCCUGCCACAAUGUGGUUCCGACGACCAUCGAUAGCCAGUAUGCACCCGUUUCAUGGCGAGAUGUUGUGGAGGAACUACUGACUCUCUCGAUCCCUUCACUCUUUGCAGCAUCCCCAAUGUCACGGAUCAUGCGCCAAAUCAGACGCCUGCUGAAAUGGUUCCCUAGCAACAUCCAAAUCAGCCUUCAUGCCGGCGGUCUGCUUGUCACCUGGGAAGAUAAUGCAGCGGAAACGAUCCAAAGUCUUGAUGAAGAGGGGCCAGAAUACAACGUCAUUCUUCAUGUAGAGCAUUGUCGCGCUGACGCGGAGCUCCUUCGUUCCGAAACGAGCAAGUCGGUCCCACCCGUCAUGUGUGAUCAGAUCGAGCUAAGCUCCGAAGCGUCGACAGAGACCACAUUCGCAGCAUGCGGAUGCUGCCAGGAAAUUGUUCCUCGAACGCUUCGAUGGUGCGUUUUUGCCGAAUUGGACCACCCCACUGCAUACUACGCGAUGAUCUGCUUGAAUGAACGGUCGGCGAUCUACGGCCUGCCGUCGGACAAGCUGUCGAUCCCUGGCCCAAGCAUGCACGACGGCCUGGUAUUAUGUGAUCCUGCUGUGCUUCGCUCUGUCGGUAUUCGACAUGAAGAAUCUGUCGUGGUGCCCACUAGCUCAGUCCCAACUCAUACGAGUGGCAUGUCAUAUCAUGAAUGGUGCAAACGGCUGAAGGUUUCGCGUACUUGA